AUGGCAUCCUCCGCCAGCGACCCGCUGCUCCCGGGCGAGCCGCCGCACCGGCGGCGGUUCCUGCCGCCGUCCAUCCGGCUCAAGACGUCCGUCUGGUCGGAGCUGGGCGGCGCCGUGGGGGACCUGGGCACCUACAUCCCCAUCGUGCUGGCGCUGUCGCUGGCCUCCCACCUCGACCUGGGCACCACGCUCAUCUUCACCGCGCUCUACAACUUCGCCAGCGGCGUCCUCUUCGGGAUCCCCAUGCCCGUGCAGCCCAUGAAGUCCAUCGCCGCCGUCGCGCUCUCCUCCGCGCACCUCACCGUCCCGCAGAUCAUGGGCGCCGGCAUCGCCGUCGCCGCCAUCCUCCUCUUCCUCGGCGCCACGGGGCUCAUGACCCGCCUCUACCGCGUGCUCCCGCUCCCCGUCGUCCGCGGCGUGCAGCUCUCCCAGGGCCUCUCCUUCGCCUUCACCGCCGUCAAGUACAUCCGCUACGACCAGGACUUCUCCCGCUCCUCCUCCGCCUCCACCUCCGUGGAGCGCCCCCUGCUGGGCCUCGACGGCCUGCUGCUCGCGCUCGCCGCGCUGCUGUUCAUCCUCCUCACCACCGGCUCCGGGGACGACGACGACGCCAUCAACGCAGCCGACGGCCGCGCCACCGCGCGCCGUCGCUCCUGCGGCCGCGUCCCGGCGGCGCUGAUCGUGUUCGCGGUCGGCCUGGUGCUCUGCUUCGUGCGUGACCCCUCCAUCUUCCGCGGCCUCCGCUUCGGGCCGGCGCCGCUGGGGCUGGUGAAGAUAACAUGGGAAGAUUUCAAGAUCGGGUUCUGGCAGGCGGCCGUGCCGCAGCUCCCGCUGUCGGUGCUCAACUCGGUGAUCGCCGUGUGCAAGCUGUCGUCCGACCUGUUCCCGGAGCAGGCGGAGCUGUCGCCGGCGAGGGUGUCCGUCAGCGUGGGGCUCAUGAACCUGAUCGGGUGCUGGUUCGGCGCCAUGCCGUGCUGCCACGGCGCGGGGGGGCUGGCCGGGCAGUACCGGUUCGGCGGCCGGAGCGGGGCGUCCGUGGUGUUCCUGGCCAUCGGCAAGCUGGCGCUCGGGCUGGUGUUCGGCAACUCGUUCGUGACGAUCCUGGGGAAGUUCCCCAUCGGCAUCCUGGGCGUGAUGCUGCUCUUCUCGGGCGUGGAGCUGGCCAUGGCGUCGCGCGACAUGGGGAGCAAGGAGGAGUCGUUCGUGAUGCUGGUCUGCGCCGGCGUGUCGCUCACCGGCUCCAGCGCCGCGCUGGGGUUCAUCGCGGGCGUCGUGCUGCACCUGCUGCUGCGCCUCAGGGAGGUGGACUGCGGGGAGCUCGUCGGCCGGCUGAGGGCCAGUAUAUCUGUAGGAAAGUUCACGUCUGUAGUACUGAUUUCUGUGGCAGGAAAAUUUGACUGGUGA